AUCUGCCAGGGAGGAACCUCUGCCAGGAAGGAACCUCUGCCAGGGAGGAACCUCGACCCUCCCAUACACUCAUUUCACUGACUCUCUGUCAGAUGGUCUGUUGUUCCAGCUGAGAAGCAGCUUUUUAGCCUUAGAUUUCCAGUUUAAUAAAAUUUUUUUUGGUAACUGUACGAUUUUAACUUCCUCUUUGUUGUUAGACUUUGUCUUCAUCCACGUCUCUUCUAGCCUGAAGAUUGUUCCUCCCUGUUGAGCUCAGUCAUCUCUAUUGAACUCUUUGUCUGCAUCACCGUCAGUAACAGCCUCUGUUGCUGGCCAUGGAUGAUUUUGUUUGUAACAAACUAACUGAAUGGGGUCUGAGCGAGUGGAUUGAUAGAUUUAAAGAUGAACAGAUCGAUAAGGAAAAUUUCUAUCAUCUAGACGAUCAGAAGCUUGAAGACUUGAUCCCGGAGGCUGGGCCAAGAGCAAUAUUUAAGGAGAGACUCAAACUAUUAAAGGCUUUGCCGUCUACAAGUGCCAAAGCAAAGAGACCUCUGGACCGUGAGUCAAGAACAUGCUCAGAAGAGAACAUACUGUCUGCAGUGAAAAAAACAAUGGGAAACGUCCACUCGACACUGCACAAACAAAACAACACAAAGCUGAAUGCUUUCCUGAAGGCAAAAAUUAAUGCAUUGGAGACAGACAAGAGGGAGCUGGUCGGGGUCUUUGGUAAAAGUGGGGCUGGAAAGAGCUCUUUGAUAAAUGCCAUCAUUGGAGAGAAGGAUCUUCUGCAAACAGGAGACAUCAGUUCAUGUACCACUGUCAUGAUUAAAGUCGAGGCCAACAUGCACAACUCAAAGUAUGAGGCAGACAUUGAGUUCAUUACAAAAGAGGAGUGGAAAGAGGAACUAUGGUUGUUCGAUCAGUUGCAUGGGGAUUGUACAUCUCAAGAAAUGGAUGAUGAUGGUGGUGAUGAUGAUGAUGACGAUGAUGACGAUGAUGAUGACGAUGAUGACGAUGACAGUUAUGACCUUGAAGAAAAGCUGUCUGCGUUGUAUGGAGAAGAAUAUAAAAACAAAACCUCUGAAGAACUCAUGGACAAGAAAUACUUCAAAGAAAUUCCAGAGUUUCUCCAUUCCAGCAGGAAGACGUUCACAUGCCAAUCAGCUAAAGAGCUAUCUGCAAAGUUGGUCAAAUAUACAAGAAGUGACUCAAACCAAAGACGAGGUAAAGAAAUACAGAAGUUGUAUUGGCCACUGGUGAAGUGUGCGACUAUCAAGGUGCCACAUAAUGAGUUUCUCCAACAUGUGACACUCGUGGACCUUCCUGGAAAUGGAGACUGUAACAAGAGCAGAGACAAAAUGUGGAAAGAGAUUGUUGGAAAGUGCUCCACUGUGUGGAUUGUGACUGAUAUUACACGAGUAGCAACAGAAAAAGAAACCUGGAAGAUCCUGAAAAAUGCCAGUAGCAUCAUGGGAAAUGGAGGAGAGUGUCAGCACAUUCACUUCAUCUGCACCAAGUCUGAUCAGAUUGUAAAACCAAGAAAUCAUUCAGCAGCUGACAUUCAUGCUCUUAUAUUGAGGAGGAACGAGGAAGCCAAAGAAAAAGUGAUGAGUAAAUUCAACAAGCAAAACAAGAUUAAGAAACACUUCAGUGACAACUGCUUUGAAGUGUUCACGGUGAGCUCCAGUGAGUUUCCAGACGGAGAAUAUCUAACGCCAGUAGAGACUGAAAUACCAAAACUUCAGGAGUUUUUGCAAAAUGUCAAUGACUGCCACUCAGAGACUUUAAACUAUGUGUCUGGAGCUUAUGGGAUUCUCUCCUUGAUUCAAGGAGCCCGCUGUAGAGAAGGGGCUAGCAGAACAGAUGUGUGUGCAAACCUUGAAGGAAACAUGAGCCAUCACCUUGACCAAGUCAGAAUAAAUAUGGAAGAAACUAACAGGGCUUUUGAAAAUUGCCUCAGUGAAGGUGUUGAAAAAUCCAAAAGUUCUUGUGAAAGACAACUGAAGUCCUUCUUAUCAAGAAGAAGCGGGCGUGGUUUCCACAGGAUACUGAAAUGUGUAGUUCAAAACAAUGGCAUCUACAAACCAAAGGAAAAGGCACCAAUAAAUCUCAACAUGAAGUUGUCUUCACACCUGACUGACAGCAUUGAUGAGAAAUUCAAGAAAACCUUUCCAAAUGACAGAGCAUGUGAACCAUUCAACGGAGUCAUCAGUAGGUUCUCACUCAACACAGGCGAUCUGAUUCAGAGGUACAAAGAUGUGGAGCUGCAGCUGAUAUUUCUGCAGACAGAGGAAGAUAAAUUGAAGGCAAAGCUAAAAUCAGUCAUUCGGAACAAGAAGAAAACCAUCUACAGCAGCCUGACGGAUACGAUUGAGACGACCAUGAAAGAGUGCUAUGAAAGAGCAGCUGGUUUCAGUGGUGAGGGCACACUGAAAAAUAUGAAGGACACCUUGGAGAAUCAUGUGCGCAAUUCAAAGAACAUCAUGUUUGAGCUGGCAAAAAACGUUCUGCUGAACCAGCUGAAGCAGCUGGAGGAGGACAUCUUGAAGACUCUUGAGACAACUAUGAGGGAAUCAAUUGACCACUCACUGAAGACGGAUGACCACUCAAUCCCAGAUGUUUCAGUUGAGCUUGAAAAGGUGAAGAAAUGCUAUGAUGAACUGAGAGGCAUCUCACAAGAAAACCAAUGAGGUCUGAUUCCUGUGCUGUUCAUGAGGGAAAAAAGGCAGAGGCCUGGUCACUUGCAAACGUCCCUAAAAUAAUGAUGAUCAAAGCCACAACGCCUCUGGAUUAGGUCUCUUUGAUCAUUUGUUCAUGUACUUAUCCAUGUUUCAGCUGUUGUUCUGAUGUGGGGUUUAAUUAUGUUUGUGUAUUUCAUCUAAUGCCUAUUUUCAUGCCUAUACUGGUUGCCUGCCUUUUAUUAGUUUUUAAAGCACUCCAUGGAUUUGUACCAGACUCGUACUCAUACUCAUAGUCACAACACUUAUAGCUACAGUAGUUUGUCUUCUAUUGCUUUUUAUCUCUCUUUUUAUUUUUUAUUCUGUAUGCUUUUUAUUUCAUUCUAUUUUUAAUAUUUUUAUAUUUUACCAUUUCUCUCUCUUGUUAUACUGAAUUGAUGUUUUUUAUCUUUAUAUCAACUUUGUGUCAAAUAGGGGUUGGCGAUAUGGCAAAAAUAUCAUAUCACGAUUUUUAAAAAAUAAAAUCACGAUUUCAAUUUUAGCACGAAAAAUGGAAAAAUGAAAAAAUGAAAAACAGACAAUUUAGUCCAAAGAACCUUUCUUAACAGAUUUUAUUUUAAGUAGUCGCAGUUUUGCCUACAUGUGCAAACAAUCAAGUUUAAGGUAAACAAGAAAAUUGUAAUAAAGUGCACUCUUGCGAAAGUACCGUCUUGAACGGUUACCAUAUCUUUUGCAAGAUAAAAGGUAACUGCUUCUGUUACCGCUUUCCUCUUGCUUGACUUGUCAUAGGGAGUGCCUUUGUUAAACUCCUGUGUUAAGGUUGACAAGUUUGGUCUUACGCUAGCCGCUGCCUCCGCUGGCGGUACCGGUGCCACCGGGCCCCUCCCUGUUUGGCUCUCUGCAUAUUGUUUGGGAUGCUUCCUCUUCAAAUGAUUGAACAGGUUCGACGUGCGAACCUGUUCUGUGCACAGAACAUUUGCCUGCGCUUCAUCAGGUGAGGAAAAUCCAAACCAAUUCCAAUAUAAUGGAAGUAGAAUUUUUUUCAGUGACCAACUCCGUUUGACUUUCAGCCAUGGCUCUCCAUGCGGCUACCGCUACACACAUAAACAAGGAGGCGGGUAAGAAAGCGCGUCACUGCCCGUAAUUCGCUAUGAUUGAUCGAUCAGGUUGACGACGUAAUACGUCUGGUGCGUCGGUGCAGCAUAGAACUGCAAUUUAUAGAAUGUGCUCUAGACGAUCCCACGAUCUCUACAGUUUGACGGAUCGUCUUCACGUUGUAAUCGUUCACGAUUUAAUAUCGUCAUAUCGCUCACCCCUGAUGUCAAGUAAUUUUUUCUAAUAUUAAUCUUCCAUUAUUUUAACUAAUCCUUUUCUUUAUGAUAGAUAGUGUGCAUUAAUCACCAUGUCCUUUUUGAUGUUUCACUUUUAAUAUGUACUUUAUAUUUGUCAAUCAAAAUGUAAAGCACUUUGUAUGGUAUUGAUUGAGUUCUAAAGUUGCUAUAUAAAUAAAAUUUGACAGAUUGAUUAAUUCUUGAA